AAACUCCUCUCCGCUGUACGUAGACCUUGUUCCUCGUUUAUUUGGAGCUAGCAGCUUUAAACCAGAGCGAACCAACUUCACCAACCGCACCGACGGAAAUCAACAAACACAAAACAAAACAACACCGAAAUCACUGAUUAUCAUAGUCGAUUAAUUAGACACCAAAAAGCACAUGGACGAGCGUCAUACUCUACAAAUAAGUUGUUAUAUUUGAUCAGAUUUAUUUAAAUAUUUUCGAAAAAUUUCCAGUUCUACGUUUUUGAUUAACAAUCGCAUCCAAGAAGAUGAUUGUUUCCAAGUUAAAUUUUAUUCCUGCGAGGGGGUGUGCUGUAGGAAUGAGUUUUUCUCGAAUGAUGGCAACAAAAGUAAAAGCAGUUGGCCUUUUGGACGAGUCUCUAACAUUAGAAGCUUCAAAGGAUUCUUUUACCGGCAAAGCACAUCCCGGCAAAGUUUACAGUGCAGUUGCCGACCUUCCCAAUCCUCUGCAAAGAGCAAUCGACAAAGUUUGCCAAGACGAAAACAAAAAAGUUUUAUUUACCGAAGGAGAAAAACUGGCAAGGCUGCUGAAAGACCGAUUUGAGCCAGGAAAGUCAACAGAAAAGAGAAAAUGGAAACCCACCGAGUACACCAAGACCAAGUGUCUCUCUUACAUGCUGAGCCGAAUGCCAGCAGAAUUUUCCGCUGUGGACAGAGCUUUCGUCGAAUUAUCCAAAUGGGCUCCAAAUUUUGUUCCAAGGACACUGUAUGACUUUGGAAGCGGCGUAGGUUCUGUCCCAUGGGCCGCAAUCUCAAGAUGGUCAAAACAGUUGGAGGAAAUUCACUGCAUUGACUCCUCGAAAGACAUGGUCAAUCUGGCAGAGCUUCUUCUUAAGGGAGGAGAGGCUGGUGGAAAAUUCCACGUUCCCCAAACAUAUUUUCGCCAGCUCAUGUCGCCCACAGUGAAUAGAACUUUUGACUUGGUCGUAAGUGCCCACACAUUGUUUGAGUUUCCAAGCCUAGAAGCUCGCUUAGACGCUCAUAUAAAUCUGUGGAGAAAGACCAAGGAUUAUUACGUGCUGGUGGAGUUGGGGACGAGAGAAGGAUUCAAACUUAUUGAUGAAGCCAAGGAAUUCAUCCUGUUUCAGUCAAAGAAAGAAGGCCAGGAAAUGCACAUACUGGCUCCGUGUCCUCAUUCACUUGCUUGUCCGCGCUUGUUGCGGGAAGGAGACAGGUCGCCUUGCAACUUUGAAAGUCGAUAUUAUAAACUUUGGCCCGAAAGCAAGGGGGAAGCCUCCAAGGAGCGUUUCUCAUUUGUCAUCCUUGGCAAAGGCCGGAGGAAAAGUCCAUCACCGUCUUGGCCCCGGAUGGUUCGGGCGCCCAUGGUCAGAAGUGGGCACGUGAUCUGCUCUUUGUGCACACCAGAGGGCAAACUCGAAGACGUGACAUUUACUAAGUCUAAGGAUGGAAGGGCAAGUUUUCUUUGCGCAAGAUAUAGUGAUUGGGGUGACCUGGUACCAGUUUCGUUGCGGCAGAAGGAGUUUGAUGUUAGAGACAAAGUGAAGAAGGAGAAUAUAUCGGAGAACUCUGAUGAUGCUCAAAAAAGUGAACAUGAAAAUGUUGCUGCAGACGAAGGAAGGCCUCUUGUUAAUUAGUAAAUUUUUUUAAUCAAAUUUUUUUCAUAUAACGUUCAUAUAGUGCGCCCAUUAAUUUGAAAUAAAAAUAAAAAUCUCCAAUAGUCAAAUUAUAAAAUUAAUAAUUACCAAUAUAAU